UCACCUGUUAUCGUUAUCAUGUGAACGGGUGGCCCGGUGCCUUCAUCAGGGAUGUGUGUGCGACCAGCGGGAGUGUAGAAGAAGCAUUCUUGACGCGCGUGCGUGCGUGCGUGUGUGUGUGUGUGUCUGUUCUUCGUUUUUGCCAAGAGAAUCAGCGCCUUGGGACAAUACGACGGGAAAAGAAGCAACACACACAGACUCACUCUCAAUCAUGCUGAAGUCUAUCUUUUUAGUGGCCGUUGUGCUGACCGGCGGCGUAACAGCAACGGAUGGCAUCACGGAGCAGGACCAGAUCUACAUCGUCUCCGGCGUGUUAGGGGGGGUGUGUCUCCUUCUCACCAUCGCGGCCAUUUAUAACGCCAUGACCAUUAUCAAGCUGCAGACGAAGCUGACGGUGCUGCAGGCGACCAACGCGGCCUCCAGCAAGACCAUCGCGGAGGCGCCCAGGACGCAGCAACCAAUGCCGAGAGGGGAGGACCUGAACAGAUUCCAGCAGGAGGAGCCCCUCCGAGCCGGGCCCCUAAGGGACAGCUACCCCAUGAACAGGCCCGUCCCUCCACCGCGGCCGCAGCGUGUGGGACCCUCUGCGAGAGAUAACUACUACUGAGAUGCUCCUGCUGCCCUGUCUCUACGUCCCACAAGAGGUGCUGUGAUGAAGUCAGCCCGCCGCUCACAGAGAUGCCAACACAUCCGCUGACCAAGGCAAUGCAGAAAGAGUUACAACUCACGUCAUGGAUUAAAUUAGUAUGAUUACGUAGUGAUUGAAAAUGAAGCCAUCAGUAAGGGAAUUUGUUAAAUGAUGACACCAUUAAGGUGAUAUCGAAGAACGGGCUUCAGGGAUAAGCACAGCCCGUGUGAGCUGCAUUCUGAUAACUAGUGAAUGCCUCCUGCCACAGGUGGUCAGACAACACUGUCAACAGCCACCUCUUGUCGGAUACAUUGCAUGAGCAGAUUUGGAACGAUAACACUCCCAGCUCUUUUUCAUUUGCCAUUAGUUGUGAAGUUAUGUGUGUAGAAGAUUCACCACGAUAACGUACUAGACACAGUAAAAAAGAAGAAAAUAUGUCACUUUGUAUGAUCAGUAUAAUUCUCUCUAGAAUUACAAGACACACCUUAUACAAAUACACCUAUUCUUUGUACACAAUGCAAACUCAAAAUCUUAAUAAACAAAAUAUGGUAAGACUUUGGGACUGACUUUCUCAAAUAAAAGUUGUGAUAUAUAUAACACAUUUGCUUACUUUUCUAAUACAGUUCUACAUAGGUUACUUGUAUGUACAAAGCUAACUUUUAUAAACUUAUUUUGUGUUUAAGGAUCUUUCACAGAGCAAGCUCUGUCGGUAAUUCAUAAGUUAGGAUAUUAAGAUAUGAAUUUUUCAGAUAUAUCAACUAUGAUACAUGCACUGUAUGUUAAUACAAAUAUUGAUUAACAGUUCUUACAAAAGUGUGAUUUUUACCUAGUGCUCUCCAUUGUUUUUCUACGCAUUUGAUGGACAGGUCAGUGGUUUGCAGAUGUUAGUGGCAAAGUCUCAGUUUGUACCUAAGUAAACGUGUGGCCAGAAGGUGAAAGGAAUGGUCUGGUUUCCAGGCGGCUGGAACCGGUGACGCAGCGGUACAAGAUCACCAAACCAGUCAAUGACAUGGUCCAAAGCUUUGCUGAAUGGACCACACUGGGAGGCUAAUUGAUCACCAGUACUCCAGGAGAACUCGGGCACACAUUGCUUCCUCCUCGUGUUCUGUGUGUAUGUGUGUGUGUGUGUGUGUGUGUGUGUGUGUCCUCGAUAGCAUACGCCAACAGCUAUCAGUGUCCGGGUGUCCUCAUGUUCUCUGUGCUGGAAACGGUAAAGUGGCUACCAUUCUCGUCACAGAUAGAUAUGCUUCUUGUGGAAUAAAGCUCAACGUUCUAGUGUUAAACAAAAAAUUACAGUAUGAAGUAAUAUUCGAUGGAGUAUGUAGAGAUCUUAAACCUCAAUGAACUUUAUAAUACGAGAUCUACGAAGUGCUAUAUUUCGCCAAAUUUUCAAGAUGGCCACCGUUAUGCAUCAACAUCCCUCGUCUGCAAACUUCUUUCCUGGCUUACUGUAAGUUGAUUAAUGACUAAAAUAAAGAUUUAAAAAUAAAGAUCGUGAAAAUGG